AUGAUAAAGCAAAAAAGGUCAUACGCACGCAUUGACCAGGAGGUAGACAGUAGUAACAACAAUAGUGAGGAGGAGAGUGCUUUUAAAAAGCAACGUAAUAAUAGUAAUAGUAGUAAUAGGUCAUAUGGAAGUUUAAAUGAUGAAAAUGAUAAUGAUGAUAGGAUAAUAAAUAUAUGUCCUAAUAAUGGCACAUCUACUAAUACUAUUACCACUACUACUACUACUACUACUGAAAUGCGCAUACCAUAUUGUCUGUUGUUACCAAAUAGAGCCAUAGGAUUUGUAAUUGGGAAGUCAGGUAAUAAUGUACGUGAAAUUGAAAAGGCAUGUGGAGCAAUAAUAAAAUGUCAGAAGGAAUUUGAUAUAUCUGUUUAUCCACCUCCUUCUGAAAAAAUAUUAACGAUAUUUGGUAAAAAAGAAAAUAAAAAAAAAGCAUUAGAACUGGUUUUAAAUAAAUCAAAACAUGUAAUGGAUUUUCAUGAAGAGGAUGGAAAAGAAUCCAUAGUUAUAAUAGUACCUACUAGAUCUAUUCCUAUCAUAAUUGGGCAAAAAGGAUCAAAAAUUUCUUCAUUAAGUGAAAGAUCUAACUGUGAAAUUAAUGUUCAUAAGGAUGAUGUUCCAGGAAUAAAGGAUAAGGCAAUUUUUAUUAAAUCAAAAAAAAUUAGUAAAAUAAUUGAUUGCAUAGGUAUUAUAUAUGACUUAUUAGAAGAUAUUGUUGAUAAUGGUAUACUCUCGUUGUCUGAAUUUCCUGGUGUUUUAAAAAAUAGUAGUGGUAGCACUGCAAGUAGUAACAAUAAUGUUCUUGCUAAUAUAUCUAAUGAAAGCACUUGUAACAACAGCAUAAGCACCCCUAACGCUGCGGGAAAUAAUAAUGUAAGCGGUUUUAGUAAUUGCAGUGGCAUGAUUGGCAUAGGAGGUGUUGGAAGUACUCCCAUGAACAGCAAUCGUAUGAAUAGUGACGUUGGUGGUAACGUCAAUGGCAGCGUUGGCGGUAGUGUAAAUAACCCGAAUCACCAUCCAAACCGGGGGAGUACCAAUAUAAGUUGCACGCAUAGUAAUAAUAAUAAUAACAAUAACAACUCUAACAACAAUAAUAAUAGUAGCAAUAAUUACAACAAUGGUAACAGCUCGAUGAGCUUUUCGAAAUACGGCAUGAAAAAGAAUGAUAACUCUUAUGAACUUAUGAACGGCGAUGAUUUUGAUAAUUUCAGUGUACCAAGGGAUAAAAAUUUACUGCUUCAUAAAUUUGGUAAAGAAGUAAGUCCAUGCGUAAUUCGCUUUGUGUUGGAUGUAGAAACCACUGCUUGGAUAAUUGGAAAAUCAGGAUGUCAUAUAAAAGAAAUUAGAACCAUAACAGGAGCAGGUGCAGUAAUUGUAGAUGCACCCGACAAUAUUGAAAAUGUGAAAACGUGUGAUCGGAUUUUAACCUUGUCAGGUUCAGCAGAAAAUAAAUUUAAUGCAUUAAAAUUAAUAGUGAGACAAAUGGAAGAAAGAGAAAAAAAUAUUAACAAUCCUAUGCGUAUGUUAGUACCAGGAAAAGCAGCUAGCUUUUUAAUAGGUCGAAAAGGAUCUAUCAUAAAAUAUAUUACUGAACAGUCAGGUUCUCAAAUUCAAGUUGCAAAAAAUAAAGAAAGUGAAAAUGAAAAACUGGUUUUAAUUAGUGGUUCACCAGAAUCAAAAAUUCUAGCUUCUGUUUUGGUUUUACAAAAAUUAGAAGAAUAUGAAAAUCCACAAAUAGCUCGAGAGGGUCUCCUCAUUCCGUUAAAUGAUAUAUACUACAAUACUAAUACGAAUAUGAGUACAAAUAUGAAUAGUACUAAAUAUGCUAACAGCAAAAAAGGAAAUACUAAUCCGUCGGACAAAGCGGCAAUGCAUAAUAGUAAAACCAUUAUGCGUAACGGUAAUAAUAGCAGCGAUCAUUAUCAUUCAGCUCACUACACAUCAAAUAAUAGCGGUAACACAUAUGGUAGUAGUAACUACUCUGGAAAUCAUCAUAGCGGUGCUCAUAAUGUAAACCACAAUACUAGUGUCAACAACGCGCAUCCGAAUUAUAUUCAUCAUAAUAACUCUCAUCACAAUAAUUCAAAUCUCAAUAAUUAUAAUAACAAUUCAAAACACAAUGGUAUGGAUGAUAACUAUGAUAGUAAUAGCAACGAUAUUAAUAGGUCAGGUAAUAACUACCCAUAUGAUGAAAAUAUUCUGAACCGUAGUAGUAGCUACGCUAAUAAUAAUAAUAAUAAUAAUAAUUAUUUUAAAAAUCCUAACGACAUGAAAGAAAAAAUUGAGCAUAUGUUUUUGCAGCAAAUUUAUAAAUCCUUUCCUAUUUCAUCGUUGCCAAAAAUAUUAUCGGUUAAACAACCUUAUACUAUUGAAUUGAAUAUGCCUGAUGUUUACUUGGAAACAUUUGAUUCUCAAAAUAAAAAUGGAAAAUCGUUAAUAGAAGAAAUUAUUGAAAAGUCAGGUUGUAAUAUUUCUAUUUGUACUGAUUCUAAUGAUUCUUCUUCUUAUACAUUUAAUCUAUCCAUCACAGGUUCCCCACUCUCAAACUCUUUAGCUAUCCUUAUGAUCCAAGCGAAAAUCUUUCAGUUCGACUGGUUUUAA